AUGCCCCCAUUAGCAGGCGAAGAGCGCCUGGUGACUCUUUUCGCCGAUAUUCAUUACUACUUCACAGAGCCAACCCGGAGACCUCUACCAUAUCACCACCGCUUUGACAAAGGCUCAUACCUCUAUAUCUACCACAACCCUGCCCAGAACAAGGCCCGGAUUGAGAUUGCCAACAAUCCUGGCUCACCGGAGCAGGAUGCAUUUUGCGGUCAUCUGGACAAUGUCCAUAUUCGACACACUUCUCAGUUCCCCACACUAUGCACGCUAACUGUGGAGGGCAUCGCACCGUCCCCGCAACAGCAACAGCACGCACAAGAAGCCCUCCAGCAUGAAUGGCGGCUACCUAGCGGGGACUCGUGUGAUGGAUCUAACGAUUUCCGGGACUUCCCUCGUUUGCACACACUAGACAUCUACUUCUGGGGCGCCGAGGAUGCCACCCAGUUUUUGGAUGCAACUGUGCAGCUUCUAUCGAACUCGCAGGUCGAGACAGAUCGGGAGCCAGCACCACAGCCAGAGCAGCCCAUGAGCUCGGUGGUUGCACAGCUCGAGAACGUGGCUGUCUCAGACCCUGCCUACCAGAAUGGGCAAACUCGAAACUCCCGGUCUGACCCAACGGCAGUGGCACCGCCACCCCAAGCACUGCCUCAAGCACCACCCCAAAUAAGUAGCUUCCCACCACCUCCUCCAAGUGGCCUGCCAACCGAGCAGCAACCCAGCAAUGGCCCCUCUCCAAUCGAGGAGAAGAAAGACCCAGCCAGUUUCGCCCCACUUCCAUACAACCCUGCAGCCCCAGCAGCCCCAGAACCAAUCCAACAUCGUGAGAAGACCCCACCACCAGAAGAUGGCAUGGCUGGCACAGGCCUUGCGGCCGCCGUAGCAGCCGACAGUGGGGUCCCAUACACCCCUCCCAACCAAAUGAUGGGAGCUGGCGGCAUGGGCGUAUAUGCCUCUCCACCACCUUCAAACCAGGGCCCAGGUCUACAGUUCGCAGGACCCCCAUCAGCAGCAGCCCCAACAUACGCCUCCCCUCCACCCAGCGCUGGCCUCCAAUACACAAACUCGUUUUCUGCCCAACCCUCAACCCAAAGUCCCGGCAUGGCUACCCAGUCCUAUUCGCAGACCCAACUUGGCGGACAGAGUCAUUCGAAUAGCCGACAAGGCUCGAUGUCAUUCGCCCCGCCGCCUCAAGAUCCAAAUGCUCAUCUUUACGAUCAGCAGGUGUAUGGUUCUAAGAGCCACACACCACCUCAGAGCCAGCCGGCGCCUCAGGGUGGCUUUUCAAACUACUCGUACAACCAGAGUCCGGCGGCACAGCCUCAGCCUCAGCAGUUGCAGCGUGCGGGCUCUGAGUAUGAUAUCCAUAGCCAGGUGUACAGGCCUACUGAGGUUGAAGCUAGUGGCCACAAUCAGAAGUAUGCACAGAAGGCUAUGAAGAACCCGGGACAGCGGCCGAGUAGGUUGGAGGAGAAAGCGGAGCGUCUGGAAGGUGGCAUGAAUAGGUUUUUGAGGAAGCUUGAGAGAAAGCUAUGA